AUGAUCCGACGCGCCUUCUCCCAUAUCACUCGCAUUGACUUCCACUCUGUGUACCGUGUGUAUCAAUCCAAAGCGCGGGUGCAAAUAUGGCUUUAUGAACAAACAAAUCUUCGGAUCGAGGGCAUUAUAAUCGGCUUCGACGAAUAUAUGAACCUGGUACUUGGUGAUGCUUGCGAACGUCAUAUGAAGUCCGGUGCCAAACGACCACUUGGUCGUAUUCUUUUGAAGGGAGAGACCAUCACACUUGUACAAGCCUGUUAA